AGCAAUCCUUAAUCAUUAGACACGAGCAAUCUCCGGGAAUUAGCUUGUACAAUGCAGUCCAAUACUUGGGAGGCUGUGGUCAGCCACUUCCCCGACGUGCCUCUGUCUGUUCCGGCGCUCCGACGGUGUCACCACUGUGCCCGAGCCCAGGAGGAGGACCCAGCCACCCGGUUACGCAAGUGCGCAGGAUGCUCAAGAGCUCUGUAUUGCAGUAAGGCGUGUCAAAAGGCAGCAUGGCAAAAGCACAAAUUAGUAUGCUGCGACGCUACCGACUUCACCGCAAGGAAUAACUCGGGACAACUGCAUAGCGGAUUACGCUCCCUCGGCUACUCUGAUCUCGCAACAUUCACCAACACCCUUCAAGAGUUCAUGGAAGCACACACAUGGGCUUUGAGGUCGUUAGCCAAGGCCCAUGUGCUGCGAAGCGGAGGGCUCGAUUGGGUGUUGAGUCCCCCCAAGAUGUUGUACAUUUUCCUCAUCCCCGCAUCAGUCCUCGGACUCUCUGAGCGCAACCCUGCGCGCACGUUCCGGUUGAAGAGCCAUGGCUUCGUUUCCCUGACCGACCACGCGCUUUACAAUCCCCGCGCGGCCGCAGACUGGAUGCGCAGCCAGCCAACACGAGCGGCCGCCGCGGAGCUCUACGGUCGACAUCCCUUAUACGCAGGGCUGUUGCCCGUCAUGUUCGAUGUGGAGGGCUUGAACAUGACGUUCUUGCAUAACUAUCCGCUCUUCCGACCCUUCCAUCCCCAGACGCUAUCGGAGCCGACAAAGAACACCGUCUUGGGCGAUAUCCUCGAGCUAUCUGCCGGCAGCAUCAACGCCGGGCUUCCAUUACGGGCGGUCGAAGAAGCCGGUCCGAUGGGUCUGCUGUUCGCGCUUCCCGGCCGAUUCGUUCGAUCCCAAGGAUCUUCUUGGACGUGGAAGGCGUUGUUCCCCACCUGGACAGAGUAUCAAAGAGGGGAGCACCAAGGGUUGGACGAAACACUAGACAAACUGAAAGCUGGUAUCACGCCCUCGGAAACCAUGAUUGUGUUCAGGUCACUGUAACGCAUGGACUACUUCGAGUCUAUUCGACGAUUUUAAUACCCUUUGCAGUACCAGUCCAGGCACCUCCAUCUCGACAUCUCAUUGCCUGCCGUUGUAGUAAUGAUCCAGGCGAUAUUUAUAGUCUACUUAGGAGCCUCAAUUCCCAUGCAAGCUGCAUGGUGGUCGCCCCGAGGUAAAGGUUUGGGGGUAUUCAAGGUUUUCGACAGCUUG